AAUCGUGUCUCGUCAAUCUAUUUAAAUCGGUAAACCAAAUAACCCAAGUUGGCUGAGAAAAAAUGGCUACAUAUGUAGACGAGUCGAUCGACAGUUAUUUCUAUUCAUCUUACAACCCUUAUUCUGGCAGGUAUCCCAAACCAAAAGGUGCGGGCUGGAGAAACAAUUAUUUGGCCAACUAUGUGGCUACAGAGGACUAUUUUGAUAACCACCAGCGCGCGCAACUUAAAUCCAUCUUGUCUCAAAUAAACCCCAAUCUUACACCGAGGCUAAGGAAAGCAAAUACCAAAGAUGUCGCUGUGCAGGUCAACCCGAAGAAGGAUGUCUCCGUGCAGUGCUCCCUCGGCCCAAGGACUCUCAUGACCGGAAAGCGAGACGCUUUGCGCAAGAGGAAACAGGAGGCCCAGGCACCCGGUAGCCCUGCGGGUAGUCCAGGCAGCUCCGUGGGAGGCGUGCUCUACCCUCGCACACUGGCCGUCUACUCGCCUGUCGCUUCUAGGAGACUUGCAUAUUUUCUAGAAGACGACAAAGGGGGACCGAGUGAAGCACAGACCGGUGACCCACCUGAAACCGUGAAGCCCGGGAAAAAUAAUAAAGGCGAAAAGUCUGCAGAUGACAGAACAGAAAAGGCAAAGGACGAAAAGACUGGGCCAGGUAAAAAAACUAGUAAGAAGACUGACCGGUCAGUUACGACCGAGGAUGUCAAAGCCGAUCAGGAUGGAUCGGAAGUCAAGACCCGCGUGAGGUUUCAGUUUCUGGAGCAGAAGUAUGGGUACUAUCACUGCAGAGACUGCAACCUGCGUUGGGAGAGCGCAUAUGUUUGGUGCGUCCAAGGAACGAGCAAGGUCUACUUCAAGCAGUUCUGUAGAACGUGCCAGAAGUCCUUCAAUCCUUACCGGGUCGAGGACAUCACCUGCCAGACUUGCAACAAGUCACGCUGCGUGUGCGAAGUGACCCCUCGCCACAUUGACCCCAAACGCCCCCACAGACAGGAUCUGUGUGGCAGGUGUAAGGGCAAGCGGCUCUCCUGUGACCGCACCUUCAGUUUCAAAUACAUCAUCUAGCAGGAACCUGCACAUGAACUGUCACAUCUAAGUCCUGCAGCCCAGAGAAGCCCCUGUGCACAUUUAAAGAGGCUCUGGGCUGGAGGAGAAUACUUUUGGAUUUCAUUAUUUUCUGUUAUGCCUUUAUUUUCAUUAUGAUAGUGAUUGCAGGAAAACACUUCUGAAUGUGAAAUAAAGUGGCAAUACUCAGCAG